UUCGUUCGUUCUAUAAGAAGAACCCCAAUCUAUAAAACAGUUUCAACUUUUUUACUGAGGGAAAUUUCUGAUAAAUCAUCGUUCCUCUCCCUUCGCCAGUAAUCUGUGCCCCAAUCUCCCAUGGCUUCCACUCAAGCGAGCCUCCUCCUCCAGAAGCAGCUUAAAGAUCUUUGUAGACACCCCGUUGAUGGAUUCUCCGCGGGUCUGGUGGACGAGAACAACGUGUUUGAGUGGAGCGUCUCCAUAAUUGGUCCUCCUGACACACUCUACGAUGGAGGUUUUUUUAAUGCCAUAAUGAGCUUCCCACCUAAUUAUCCACUUAGUCCCCCAGCAGUCAGGUUUACCUCGGAGAUGUGGCAUCCUAAUGUUUACCCUGAUGGAAAAGUCUGCAUUUCGAUUCUUCACCCACCUGGUGAUGACCCGAAUGGAUAUGAGCUUGCAAGCGAGCGCUGGACGCCUGUGCACACAGUCGAAAGCAUAGUUUUAAGCAUCAUAUCAAUGCUCUCGAGCCCUAAUGAUGAAUCCCCAGCAAAUGUCGAGGCAGCGAAAGAGUGGAGAGACAACAGGAGUGAGUUCAGGAAGAAGGUUGCUCGCUGCGUGAGACGAUCUCAAGAAAUGCUAUGACCUUUGUCCCAUCACCGCUAGCCUGAUUUUGCCUCCUUGUAAUAUCAUUCUGUUUACUGUGAGGGAGUGGAAGGAAGGACUGUCAGGGUUGUUUGGCUCCGCGAUAGCUUCAUGUAGAAUCUUCAUUCGAUUAUUUUAUCGUUUCUUCUCUUUUACUUCUUCUCUCUGCCUCUCAAGCAGUGAUGGUAACAUCUUCAAAUUCUUAUGUGCUGUGUCUUGGGAGACUCGGGACUCGAACUUCUGGGACAAUGGUUGCUUCCUGGGAUUGUUAAAUGUUUUGAUUUGUUUGGACAUGGAUGGACCUGAUAAUGAUUCAAUUAUUAUUGUUCUCGUCGAA